AUGCCGAAUAAACCACUUCAUAUGUUAAGAGAAGUAUGGUCCAAAUUCACGCAAAAAAAAACUCCCACAAGGCUUAAUGUUCGUAAAAAAAAGUGGGUUCAUCCAAAGGAUAGAAUUGAAAGAUGGAAAAUUUUGGAAGGAGAUACGGUAAAAGUUAUUGCGGGUGACGAUAAGUUUAAAAUAGGAAAAGUAAAAGAAAUAGAUAAAUUUACCAAUAGAGUCUGGAUAACGCCAUCUUUAGAACUUCCACUUAACAAAGGAGUACAACCAAAUAAAGAAAAGAGUGGUGGUUGGUGGUUGAGGCCGUCUUUAAAAGCAAUUCAUGUAUCAAAUCUUAUGCACAUACAUCCAGAUGACUUAAAAGAAGAUUCAAUCCCUGACAAAGAAAAGAGGCGAGUUCGUGUUAAUUGGAGAAAAUUAGAUAUAGAUGGAAAUGGGAAAAUGCGUUGGAGACGCGUAAUUUGUGGAACAAAUGAAGAAAUCCCAUUUCCGCCAAAACCAAAGGAACCUUGGGAGGAUCAAGAAAAAUCGGUUUUUGAUACAGAUAAAGAAGUAGCGUCAAGAUUAACUUGGAAGAUUUCAAAUAAAUCACCAUUACCUAGAGGCGUUGUAAAUGAAUUACGUAACAAAUUUAAACCAUGGAGAUAUUCAGCUCGAUUAAAGAAUAGACCAUUUAUUUAA